UUAUUUAAAGGCAUCGCCGUGACUUCUUGUGAUUGUACAUUAUAAUUCAAAAGGCUAACAUGCGCCUAUAUGAGUUAAUGCUGGAGCAAAAGGUAACUCCACUUCAGCACUUCUACGAAGGAGCGAAUAUAUUAAUAACGGGUGGAACAGGUUUUCUAGGCAAAAUUUUACUUAAUAAAUUAUUCACCUCAUGCCCUGGCAUCGAAAACAUAUAUAUAUUAAUUCGAAACAAAAAUAAUAAGGACGUCCACACACGCGUUGAAGAAAUUUUUGAUGAUCCGAUAUUCAAUGCUAUGAAAAAAGUGGCACCAAAAUUUCGUCAUCAGUUUCAAGGCAUAGCCGGCGACUGUAUGUUACCAGGUUUGGGUCUGAGUCAAGAAGACCGAAAGCUUUUGAUCCAGCGUGUUAACAUCGUUUUUCACAUGGCAGCAACAGUUCGAUUUGACGAGAAACUAAAAGUGGCUAUGCAAAUAAAUGUGAAAGCAGCACGGGAUAUCAUGUUACUUUGCAGUGAAAUGAAGCAAUUGAAAAGUAUACUGCAUGUGUCCACAGCAUAUACUCAAUGCCCACUACGACAAAUUGAUGAAAAGUUUUAUCCUCCGCCUAGUAAUUCCGAAAACCUAAUACUACUUACAGAGUGCACACCGGAGAACCUGUUGGAAUCAAUGACGCCUCUACUAUUAGGCAAAUGGCCAAACACUUACACCUUCACAAAAGCUGUUGCAGAGGACAUAAUUAAAACCUAUGGUAAAAAUUUGCCAGUAGGCAUGUUUCGACCUGGCAUCGUUAUAUCUACUUACCGAGAUCCUGUUUGCGGUUGGAUUGAUAACUUUUAUGGCCCAACGGGAGCCAUUGCCGGUGCUGGCACGGGAGUCAUUCGUACAUUACGAUGUGAUCCAAGAGCUGUGGCUAAUAUGGUGCCGGUGGAUUUGUGUGUAAAUAGUAUUAUUGCCGCAACGUGGGACAUAUCACAAAGACACAAGAUGAUAAAUCUAGAAAAGGAUAUACCGGUUUAUAAUUUCUGUACAUCGAAAUGCAAUCAGCUAACUUGGGGCGAUUUCACAACCAAAACAACAAAAUACGGUUUAAUGUACCCAACAAUCAAAGCGCUUUGGUACUUAUGCUACGCGAAUACGCCUAAUAAGCUCUUACACAUGUUGUCGAUAUUUUUCUUGCACUAUGUACCCGCUACGAUUUUCGAUGUAAUUUGUAUGUGCUUGGGUAAAAAACCACGACUGCUAAAUACUUACAAGAAGAUUCAUAGAUUUAUGCGCGUGAUUGAAUAUUUCUCCAUGCGGCAAUGGGACUUCCAAACUGAUAAUGUGAGAAAUCUGUGGCAACGACUUUCUGACAAGGAUAAGGAUAUAUUUUUCUUCGAUAUGACCCAAUUAGAUUGGGAUUUAUUUUUGCAACAAUAUUUUCGAGGGAUACGACAAUACUUAUUACAUGACCCGCUUGAUACGAUACCUCAAGCCCUUGUAAGAUGGAAUAGGUUAUAUUGGUUACAUCAAUGUAUAAAAGUACUUGUUUUCAUAUUAUCGGCGCAUAUCGCGUGGUUGAUUUUCUCCAGAUUCUUUUAACUUGAAAAUUUCCUUGACGUAAAACAAUAACUUGCUUGUUUACUAGAGUAUUCAAGCAUAACAUGAAAUAGAAUACAUAUGCCCUUAUUAUCAACUAUCCGGUUAAAGCAUGGUCGUUUCCGCAGUAAGUUGCCGUUAAAAUGUUGCAUGUAUAAGCGCAUCGCUCAAAAUAAAUUUAUUUUCAACAUCAACAUGGCACCAUAAGUUUCCAUGGGCUAUCGAUUUUACUACGAAAAAAGGCACAACAGGAUUAGCCGUUAUUUCGGUAAAACGGAAAAUGUUGCAAAUGUUGCGGUUUUUCCGCAAGCAAUUUCCUACUAAUUCAGAUAAAAACCAGCAUUUGCAAUACAUACUUUCAAAGUAUAAUAAGUAUUAAAAAAUAUAUAUUAUGGGCACUUUAGUGUAAUUUUAUAUUUCUGUUAACGUAUCUCUUAAAUGUACUUAUGUACACUUAUACACAGGAAUACCAAAAAUCAUUGUCUUAUGCUCCAUAAUGUUAAAAAAAAUAUUAUUUAGAUUAAUGAAAAUGUCAGUAUACAUAUAAAAUAUAAGCAAUAAAGAGUCAAAUGCCAUACCGUUUUUAUACUGUAUCG